AUGAACGACGUGACGAAUUCUAUGCUCGCUGAGCAUUUCAGCUACACGCCUCUGUCCCUCAUAGAUGAUGUUAUCAACUCGAUCAACAAUUUGAUAUACCAGGCUAUUUCCAGUCUCGAGACUGGCCUUCUUUCUACUCCACCAGAGCGCUUGGGCUUUUCGCAUGCAAGCAAUGGCACCACUAUACCUGACACAGAUGAAAAUGGGAACGUUGUUUACCCUGAAGCAAGGUUAGAGAUAGAAAACGGAUUACACCAAUUGGAAACCCUUCUCGAAGCGACUGUCGAUAAGGCAUUUGAUAAAUUCGAAAUCAUAGUGCUACGAAACACAUUCAGGGUGGAGGAAGAUCUCUUAGGAUGGAUUCGGCUGAAGCACUAUGAGAAUCUUAACCUUAAUCCUCCUCCGGACGCACCUACUCCUGAGACAGUCCAGGCUCAACGCAAAAAACUACAGGAAACUAAGAAGCUUAAUCGUGCGCUGAAAAUGGAAUGCGCUCGGAACGAAGCGAUCAUCUCCCAGCUACGUUCAAUUUUGUCGACUGUGCGAUCGGCGGACACAACAGCUGCUAAAAGCGAGGAUGAAGCUGAAGCUCCUGUACCAUCUGGUAGCAGAGACUUAGACUUAUCAUUCUUGACGUCCAGCCCUGCCGCGCAAAAAUUGCGGGUUGGUGUCGCUGCCGGAUUUAACGCCAAACACACCCCCAUCACAACGAACACCACUUUCAUCCUAUCCCAGAUCCCUGCCUUGAAGGGGAUGCUCACACAACUACGACCGAAACUGGUCACUUUGCCUAAGUCCGUGGAUACAGAGAAGGAAUCUAGAGCCGAUGAGAGAAGGGAUUACAUUGAAAGCAGGAUUAGGCUGCAUCUUGAGCGAGCCGGACAGCUUGCGGUGGGCAGUGACGGUAAUCCUGUCAUCGCGGGGCGGAAGAUCGAUAUCGCUGAAGCGCAAGCACUUGAGGCUGUAACGAGCAUGCUUAGCCAAGGCGAUAAGAAGUCCGAAUAA